ACAAGCAAGCAACAAACAACAUCAUGAAUUCCAAAAGUCAAUGCUACUCUCAUUGCUGUAUAUUGCAAGGAAAUCACCUGGAAAAUCAUGAAUUCCAACCCUUUAAAAGUACACAACUUUGUACCAUAAAAUUCAUCCACCACAAAACCUCACCAUCACAAAAAAAUUCAAAAACCUUAUCACCAAUAUGGGUUGUGAUAAUUGGGCCACACGCAUUUGUUGCGGAUUUUGUAUGGCUGUAGUCCUCUUCGUAAUUGGCAUCAUCGUCUUCUGGAUAGUAAUCUCCCCCUCAAGCGUGAAAUUUCACGUAACUGAUGCAUCUCUCACCGAGUUCAACCUCACAAACAACAACUUAUUUUACAAUUUCAAAGUGAAUAUCACAGCAAGAAACCCCAACAACAACAUCAUAGUCUAUUAUCGAAGAAUCACCGCGAUUGCCUGGUACAAAGACAAUGAUUUCAGUCGUGCGAGUUUGUCUCCCUUUGAUCAAGGACACAAGAAUACCACUUUUCUUGGACCUGUAGAAUUUAAAGGAAAUGCUACCAUCAAACUUGGACGUCAACAACUUAACGAGUAUUCUGAAGAGACGCGUCUUGGGAUUUAUAACGAUUUGGCUGUUGAUUUUGAUUUUCGAAUUAGAGCUAAGUUUGGUAGCUUUUAUAAAAGUGGUCGGUUUAAGCCACCGGUUGUUCAGUGUGGUCGUUUGAGUGUUCCUUUGGUUUCUUCUUCCAAUGGUAACUCAUCAUCAUCAACAUUUUCUUUUAGUACCAGAAGAUGUAGCGCUGAUUCUUUCUUUUUAGACCGUGAUAUAAAUAAAUAUUGAUAUCUUUAUGUAGAUUUAAUACAACUUUUCCUCAUAUUGUACAUCUCAAAAUUCAUGUUGUGAUUCACUUCCUUUGUUUAGUUUUAAGAAA